AUGGCUACUAAAUAUCUUUCUUGUGCUCAACACUAUCUCAAUAAGCUUAUUGCUUUAAAGCAACCCGUUUGCUAUAACGCUAAAGUAGCUGCUGAAAUUGUGAAACAAGUAUAUACAAAGGAAGGCAUGGCCUUCCCUACUGGAGCUCAAUUAGCCGAAGCACAAAAGACCAUUGAGCAAACUUUGAAGAUUCAAAAUCUCAGAAACCUCACCUUCAAAGAUGCUGCUAAGGGUGGUGUUCUUUUCGCUGAAAUCUACACUUUCUUUCUUAUCGGUGAAAUUGUAGGUCGCAGAAAUUUAGUUGGUUAUAAUGUGAAGACUUCUACAGAAGACGCAGCCCAUGCACACUAA